UAAGGCGCUGCACUGUACGGCAACAGGGGGAGCGGAUUUCCAUUACACGCAAAGCCCGGGGAAGAAAGAGGGGGAAAGGAGCCAGCAAGAUGUUGCCUUCCCUCCAGGAGUCCGUAGACGGGGACGACAGAGAGCUGGAGAGCAGCGAGGAAGGGAGCGGCCUGCCGGAGGAUCGGAAAUCGGAGCGUAGCAGCAACAGCUACUAUUGCCUGUACGGCUACCAAGGCUGCAGGUUGCACCAGGGUGUAGACAGCGAUGAUGGGAGCCCAAACAGCACAACAGCUGAAACUCCGUCUUCUGAUGAUUUCAGUCUCUCCUUGGUGGACACUAACUUACCGGCCGAAGCAGAGAUGGAGCUGCGUAGCUUCGUUGCCAAACACCUUGCCAAGGGAGCCUUUUUUGAAGUGGGCAAUGUUGCAUCUGUGGAGUUGAGUAUUCCAGAAAGCCGAGUUGGUUGCUAUUACUGCCUCUUCCAACCAGAAAAAUGUACAGAAAUGGCAAACGCAGAAUUGAGCAGCUGUGCUCUAGACUACGUGAUCUGUUUUUUGGGAGGCUCAGAGAAGGGACUUGAACUAUUCAGACUUGAGCUUGACAGAUAUGUUCAGGACCUGAAAAUUAACCUGGAUUUAGAGCAAGAUAAUCUGGAGACUUGUGUUAAGCCUCUCUUGGCAACUUGGUUUGAGGAUUCAAUCUGUCCUAUUCAGAGAGUGGUGAAGCUUUUCCAGGAGAAACUUUCCUUUGUGUUACAUGCCGCUCUGAGUUGCACUCCAGUUGAAGUUAAAGCGCCCGAUGAAAGGACAAAGAAGGAUAUUAACAGGUUCCUUAGAGCUGCAAGCCUUCAAGAUCUUGUCCGGGAAGCCACAAUGACUUCCUUGUGUGUGGCAAUGACCGAGGAACGACGCACGCCGGUGGUGAUUGACUGCAGUGAGCCACAGCCUCAGUUCCACAAUGCAGGUAGUGACAAAUUCUGUGAAUACUGGAUGCAAGCAUUUCUCAAUGGCUCCGAAGGGGGAAAUCCAUUUCUCUUCCGACAAAUACUGGAGAACUUUAAAUUGAAGGCCAUACAAGACAUCAACAACCUGAAGCGCUUCAUCAGGCAGGCAGAAAUGAACCAUUACGCUUUGUUCAAGUGCUACUUGUUUCUGAAGAACUGCGGCAGCGGAGACGUCCUCCUGAAGAUUGUGAAAGUUGAACACGGAGAGAUGCCGGAAGCCAAAAAUGUAAUAAAUGUCCUCGAGGAGUUCAUGAGAGAGCCGGAGGUUAUAUCGUUUGAAGUCUUCCACAACUGGACCAAAACCGCAUUUUCAUGUCAGUGAUGGUGUUAGGCUUACCUAUUAAGAAAAUAGUUAAUUAAAGCAACCCCAGUGGAUCAUGAUUCAAUAUUCAGAUCAGGUUUAAGAAUAUAAAUUUAAGAAUAUAAACUGAUGAAAGAUUGAUCACAUAUAACACUUUAAAAUUAUAAUAUUAUAUUAUCAUCAACUGUACUUUACCUGCAGGUCCCAGGGUGUGUUACAAAAAUUAAACGGUCAGAGCAGAUUACAGUGAAACGACCCAAAAAAAUUCUGCUUUGUACUUUGCUUGCGCAUCACGAUUUGAUAACUGAUCCAGAAUAUCUCUGUGUAGUUUCCGAAUGCAUUUGCCUUGAGGUUGUGACUGCAAGACUGUAAAAGCCAAGUACCUGGAAACCUGUGCAGACAACCAGAUUUUUUAAAAAUGAAAUCGGCUAUUGCCACCUUUCUCCCAAUACCCUGGAGUUUAAAAUAACCUGGGGUUGUGAAAUGAGGGAGCCCUUUAAAGGGUAACCUGUUUGUGGAGGCUGGCACCACUGCUUUUUCAAGCUCUGGGGUGUUUAGAGAUGCAGUCUGAGGAUCCUCUUAGAGCAGCAGCUGAGAUAAAAUUUCCCACGCAUGUAGGCCUAUUUAUUUAUUUAUUUAGAAGCUGCAAUCCUUGCCACCAGACAUUUCGCCCGGGAAGGUGGGGUGUAUGUAUGUGGGGAUUAAAUCCAGUCCCCGCCCCACAACCACAUUCGUCCCCCUGAAGUCAGUGGGAAUAUAGCUUCUUUAAAUGCACUACAUACACCCAGCUCUGUUGUACAUGUUUCUGCAGUGCACCACCUGUGAUGUAUAUGUGUGUGUUUGUGUGCAGAAGAGCGAUUCCACAGGUGUAUUCACCCCAGACUGGAUAGAAACACUCAGUUUUGGCCAGAUAUAUCUAGAAACUGCCUCCGUUCUCGAUUUGCCUAUAUUUCGUUCAAUGGCGAAAUGUAUCGCGAGAGGUUCAAUCAUUUUUCACUUUUCUUUAAAACAGGGCCACUUCUAGUUUUCACCUACUCAGGGGGCACAGUCCUUCAAAAACACAUUCCCCCCUCCCAAAGGCCCCUGAUUCAAAAAGUUAAAUUUAAGUGCCGUAAUGGGCUCUGUGUAUAAUAUACGCAGAAAAUUGGCAGUUUGCUCUGACCAUCCGCUUGUAAAGGCGAGGCGAUCUCUUAAGGGAUGCAUGUGCAAAAACUAAUCCAGCUUGGAGCGGCACAGUUAACAGUCCUGUACUGGGGUGGGGGGUGUGAGUUUUCCUAGCCCGUGACUUGCUCUUAGGCAAUCCUAGAAAGAGAUCUGCAUGUGGCUACUUAAGUUUAUGGAUGGAUGGCCUCUGCUAGAGCUUGGUCCGAAAGAACCGGGCUAAAGCAAUAUCCGAAUCCAGAUUUCAAGACUAACGGCACACCUGUCGAAAUAGCUGUUAAUUAUAGUUGCAAUUGUAAAAUGUGGACAACCCCCCCCCCCCCCGCACACAAAAGGAAACCUUUACACGUCGCUUUUAUUUAUUUAUUUUUUGGCAUGUUUAUAUCGACCACCAUGUUAAUAAAAAGAGAAGAAGCUGAACAGUAAACCUCAAAUAGAACCCGUGCACAAAUAACUGUUGGAACAAAACUAUAAAGUAUGUACACCAUAGAAAAAUAUUUUGACGUUACAGCAUGCUACUUUGCAAGUACUGUGUGUGCUCUAAUAGCCCUUGAUGGGAAAAGCAUAUUCUGUUCAGCAUUAUUAUUAUUUUUUAAGGCAGAAUUACUUCAUUUGGUGCUAUGAUGGUUAACUAUGGAGGGAGGUACUAACAGUGUAAGCAAAAGAAAGGAAAGCUUCAUCGAUCUAGCUUUAUUCCGUAAACUUAACAGACGCUGUGGGGAGGCAGGAUGUGCUUGGUGACUAAUAGAGCUAUUAAAUUUGGUGAAAAACAACAUGUUUACUGCAUAAAUUCAACCCGUGAAAUUCUGUGUGCCUUGUAAAGCUCUCUGUGUUACCAAUUUGUAUUCUGGUUUGGGAUUCUGGGAAGAACUUUUUCCAAUUAGAAAUCAGUGAUUAAUUAUGGUAUUAAAAUGCAUUUCCCUUCAAGCAA